AUGGGCUUUAAGUUCUCUUAUGUCUGUGACCUGCUUUCAAACUUGGAUAGAAACCGCAUCGCCAAAGCAGCUUCAGAGGCAAAAACGAGGGACCCAGAUGUUGCUACCGUGAUCAAAUGGUUCGACCACCAUGAGAGGAAGAUACACUCUACAGAAACCGACAGUCUUGCGCUCUUGUCCUGCCUUUUCCCGGAGAGACGCCCCGAACGUGUGUUUAGCCUUCGAGAACCGUCCCUGGUGAAGGUUAUUGGCCGUUGCCUCCUCCUUGGUGCCUCGAGAAAGCGUGAACUUGAUCGAUGGGGGGAAAAGGGGUGGGGGGAUUUAGGUCAGUGUCUGGAGUAUGUGAUGCAGCAGGCCGAAAAUCACCUCGAAGGCCAAGAUGAGGUCACUGUGGAAGAAAUAGAUCUUGCUUUGGCCAAGGUCGCAUCUAGAUCUCGGUUUUCGGGGCCAACGGUUCGCUAUCAGCACUCUGCUGUAGAUGUCGAUGAUACGCUAUCCCCAAUUUUCCGCAGGCUAUCUAGCCGUGAUGCCAAAUGGUUUACCAGGCUAAUCCUCAAGGAUUUCAAUCCUGUUAUCAUCCCAGGCCAAUUAAUCCUUCGGAAUUUUCACUUUCUCUUGCCGAAACUACUCCUUUUCCAAAAUUCGCUAGAGGGAGCUUUGAAAUUUCUGGCUCAAGAGCCGAUAAGCGAAUUUCCUCCUCGUCCUGAAGCCCAGUACGCGAAUCUUUUGGGGAGAGUCGCCUUACCUCUUCUCAAGCCCAAGGUUGGUGUUAAAGUCGGCCGAGCUGACUUCUAUAAAGCCAGAAGUCUGAAACAUUGCUGUCAAAUGGUAGGCGGGCGGGUGAUGAGCGUUGAGAGGAAGUAUGAUGGUGAAUAUUGCCAAAUACACAUCGAUCUUUCAAAGGCAGACUGUAUACAAAUAUUUUCGAAAAGCGGGAAGGAUUCCACGGUCGAUAAGCGGGGCGUCCACGAUACGCUUAAAGAAUCUCUGAGGAUUGGCAGAAGCGACUGUCGUUUCUCGAAUCAAUGCAUCGUGGAGUGUGAGAUCCUUGUGUGGAGUGAUCACAGCUCCAAGAUCCUUCCAUUUCACAAACUUCGCAAUCAUAUCUCUCGUUCCGGCUCUUUUAUCGGAAUUGAGAAUGAUUCUCCACCUGACCCGUUCGAACACUUGUAUCUAGCUUUUUUUGACGUUCUGAUGGUAGAUGGCAAUGUCUGUUUGUCAAAGCCCUACCGUGAACGUCGUCAGAUUCUCCUUGACAUUGUUCAACCAAUUGAAGGGCGCUCAGAGCUAGCUUACCAACAAACUAUCAACUUUUCUUUCCCAGAGAGCUAUGAGCUGCUAAAAGAUGCCGUCGCCCUGGGGGCCGCCCAGAGAUGGGAAGGCCUUGUCCUCAAGGGAAGCGAUGAGCCAUAUCUACCUCUUUUUCAAGAGAGCGCAAAUAUCAAUUUUGGACACUGGAUUAAACUCAAGAAAGAAUAUAUCCCAGGCCUUGGUGAUUCCGCCGAUUUUGCCCUUAUCGGCGCGAGAUAUGACCCCCAAGAUGCCGUCCAAUGCCAGAAUAUCAAAGAUCUUUCGUGGACGUCUUUUUUCGUUGGGUGCUUGGAAGGAGACGGACAUAUUUCGAACACAAAGUCAAAUAGGUAUCGAAUCACAGACGUGCUCAAUCGCCAUAAUGUUAGCCCGACGAUUAUGCGGACUCUGAAUCAGCUAGGGCAGUUCCGAGUUUGUGAUAAUAGCUCGAGCCCGUGCUCCUUCUCGAUUAAAGUAGAUCAGCCUCACAUGCCAGAGAUAGAAGUCUUCUUUCGAACCCCGUUUGUCGUGGAACUGGUUGGAAGUGGUUUCGAACGGCCCGCGGGUCGUGCCGCUAAAACGAAGCUUUACCAACGGAGAGAAAACAAAGGAAAGCCCCGGGGAUAA